AUGUUGAACAACGAGAAACUUGCAGGAUUAAUAGUUUUCACGUUCGCAUUCAUCGGAGUUGUAGCCAACUGGACAGUUGCUAUCCUUAUCCGAAAACUUCCAUCUCUCAAAAAUUCUUUUGGAAGACUAACCGCCUCCCAAUCAAUUGGCGAUGCUAUCCACUGCACAGUUUUUGCAUUCUUGUUUGCUCCGAUGUGUUUUUUUAUCACCAACACAAAAAUCCUUGUUUUCCUAUCUUGGACAUGUGCAGUUCUUCCAUCAUUUUAUCUUUACAUCUACAAUGACUGCAGUCUAUUCUACAUCGAUGACUUCUGGAUGUUCACAUUUGCCACCACUCCAAUUUGUGUGAAAAUUGUGUGGUAUGCGGACUUCUUGAAAUACAACUCGAUCGUGGUGUUUAUUGUUAUCAUCGAUGUGAUCACUGUCUCCAAAGUCAGAAGCUACAAAGCGCAUCUCGCCAAAACCUCAUCCAAAGCUCAAUUCUCCCGUCGACAAAGCGCUGAGAUGAAUUUUCUCAGACAGGCCUGCCUACAAGCCGUCGUAUUCGUCUGUGAGCUCAUCACCUAUUUCAUAAUUUCCCCAAAAGUCGACCCAAGCCAGAGAUGGCUCAUUUUCUCGUUGACCACUUUUGCAUGGGUCUGCGUGCACAUGUUGGAUGGAAUUAUCACACUGACAUUCAAUAAGGAGUUCACUCAAAUCAUAUUCAGGGGAAGAAAUACUGUAACGGAUUACGGUGUGAGUCGUUCUAAUCUGGAAGCUACGUCGAAUGCAGCAAGUGCAACUAAAUACUAA